AUGUUAUAUCAGAUAGAUAUAAUAGAUUCAACAAUUGACAUUAUCACAAACGUCACAAUCAAAGUUCUUGAAAUGUUUAUUAUCAUCUCUGAAAUUUUUCUUGAAACACCAUCAGUCUUUUCAUCUAAAAUAUAUCUCAUAUAUUUUUGGUCUUUAUGCAAAGGACUAAUUGUAAUACUUACUAUUAUUUUAUGUCUUCCAUCAUUACAAACAUGUGUUCUUUUAACCUCAAUGGAAAGAAUAUCCCAUUUUUAUUUAUCAACUAUGAUAUUAUUAUUAUCCAUUGAUAUUGAUGGGAUGACUUAUUUAAAACUCUCAAUGUCUGUUAUUGCAUUGAUUGACCUCUGGGACUGUAUUCAAGUAACAACAUCCUCUCAACAUUUUAUUGACUUAUUUGAAGAGUUAUCAUUCAGUGAGGAUGAAAUAAAUUAUCACUUUAAUUUUCCUGUAAUUAAACAUAACUCAACCACAAAAUAUCAUUACAAUGAAUGUCCAAUUUGUAUGGAACCUUUUAGUGAAAAUGAGUCAAUGAAACUUCUCCCAUGUAAACAUUAUUUUCACUGUAUCUGUAUUGAUGAGUGGAUUCGUUGCCAUUCAUUUUGUCCCCUUUGUAAAGUUUCUUUUCACCUCAACCCUCUUAAAAAAAAUAAACAAAUCUAA